AUGGACCGUCUUGAACAAACCAUAGCUGGUAUUCCGCCCUCACGUAUAUAUAACUAUGACGAAACAAACCUCACAGACGAUCCGGGAACAAAAAAAGUGAUAAGUAAAAGAGGCUCUAAAUACGUGGAGCGAAUUUGCAAUUCAAGCAAAAGUGCGAUUUCACUUAUGUUUUGUGGAAAUGCUGAGGGGCAUGUUUUACCGGUUUACGUUGUCUAUAAAGCAGAAUCGUUAUGGACCACAUGGACUGAGGGGGGUCCUCCCAACACAAGAUAUAAUCGCAGUAAAAGUGGUUGGUUUGAUUCCCAUAUUUUUGAAAAUUGGUUUGUGACAACUUUUUUGAAAGAAGUACAGGGCGGAGGACCUAGUGCCUUAAUUGGCGAUAAUUUAGCGUCACACAUAAACGAACAUGUGUUAGAAUUAUGUGAUACUCAUGACAUUAAGUUUAUAUGUUUGCCACCAAACACCACGCAUAUAUCUCAGCCACUCGACGUAGCCUUUUUUAGGCCAAUGAAGGGGGCUUGGAGAGACAUUUUGAGGCAGUGGAAAAACACGAAAACUGGUAGUUGUUAUACAACUCUCCCGAAAGAUUUAUUCCCCCGACUACUGACACAGUUAAUGGACAAAAUUGAGUUCAAGAAAGCAGAAAAUUUAAAAGCUGGUUUCAAAAAAACUGGUAUACACCCAGUGAACAGAGAAAAACUAAUAGAACGCUUGGCUGAACAUAAAAGUGAUAUGCUCGAUAAUGAUUUAAUUGGUAAAGCAUUUCUGGAUCAAAUUCAAAAUGAACGGCAAGAUUUUAUUGGAUUAGCUGGUAAACCAAGGAAAAAGAAGUUGCAAGUGUCGCCGGGCGAUAGUAUAUCAAUUGAAGAUCUAAGAAAAUCACGCGAUAACCCGGGACCUUCAACUUCAAAACCUACACGAAACCAGAAAAAAAGUCAAGUUCUGUCAUCUUCAUCAAGUGAGUCAGAUGAUAUGGAUUUUGAUUUGGCAAGUGACAGCGAUAAUCUUGACGACGGCAGUGACAGCGAAGAUGUAGAUAACUUAGUUGAACCCGACGAUGUUAACGAAAAUGUUAGUGAAGAUGUAAACAACCUCGAAGAACCGGAACAAAAUUAUAAUGUUGGUGAUUUUGUUCUGGUCAAAUUUCUAGAAAAACAGUUUCCCGGUCGUAUCACAAAAAUGUCCAAUGAAGGCCCAACUGUGGACU